CUCAUUUUCUCUCUCUAUAUCUGUGUUUGGUGUUUAAUUAGCUAGAGAGAUCUAGAGAGAGAAAGAGAGGGGGAUGGCUCAGGGAAGGGGCAGUGCUGAGAACAGAGCAGCAGUUAGGCUUGGCCUGGCAGUGCUUCUGUGCUUCAUCCUCAUCCAAGGCGAGGUCGCGGAGGCGGCCGUCUACACCGUCGGCGACCGCAGCGGCUGGACCUUCAACAUGGCCGGCUGGGUCAGGGGCAAGCGCUUCAGGGCUGGCGACGUGCUCGUUUUCAAGUACAGCCCGUCGGCGCAUAACGUCGUGGCCGUCAACGCGGCCGGCUACAACAGCUGCAAGGCGCCGAGGGGGUCGAGGACGUACACGUCGGGCAACGACCGCAUCACGCUCGCCCGCGGCCGCAACUACUUCAUCUGCACCUUCCCCGGCCACUGCCAGUCCGGUAUGAAGAUCGCGGCCAUCGCCGCCUGAUCGGACAACUCCGAAAGAGAUCCGAGAGAGAGAGAGAGAGAGAGAGAGAGAUAUGCAGAGAGAGUUAAAAUUUCAAAGGACCUAGUUUUACAUAUAUGUUGUAUCGUUUAGUGAGAUACUAAAUAAGGUUUUGUGAGUGGCUUUGUGAAACUUUGUUUCUACAUAGUGUUUUGCUCAUGAUAUACCGUAAAAAUUAAUAAAUCACCGUUUGUAGUCUAAGUAA